ACUUCAGACCAAUCAUCGGCGCGGAUUGAGUGUGCGCAUGCGUGCCGUGAACGCGCGGGAUAGACUGAAAUCCCAAACAGCGGGGUAAUGACAACAGUGUAAUUUUCAUGCUUUGCUUCAAAUUUACGAAGAAUUACUCCACAUAAGAAAUAUAAGGUGGUACUGAUUUUGCAGCAUGGCAGAUGACUUCAGCCAAUCCCUCACCCCACCGGUUUCUCCCUUUGCAGCAGACGGCUUAUGUGAGCUGAUAGCAGCCCGACCGCCAUGCUUCUGCUGCUCUGAAACAAAGGAGGACCUCACUGGAGCACUCUCCACAGAGGGAUACAUUGCUAGAGGAUCCUUGAAACGGCUGCUGUUGCGUCUUGACCCCACUCCUGCAGAGUAUGAGACAGACACUGUGGAGCUCUUUGGCUUCCCCUGGGUAACAGAGACAGCACUGGUGGAAUCUACAAAGCUACUCUUCGGUUUGUUGAGACAACAGUUUUACAGGCUGGAGACCUUGGUGCAGUCCAGCUCACAUGACUUUGGUCAAGCGGGCAGCCUCCACUAUGAAGCUGAGGACCUCAGACAACAGUGUGUCUCAUUUCUUCAGUAUGUCAAAGUCUUCAUACACAGGUACCUGGAACCUUUGGCCUCCCUGGAUGGAGGGCAUUCACACCCUUAUGAGGAACAGGAGGCUCUGCUCCCCUCUGCUCUUCUGGAGGAGCUGUUUGGCAUCACUCUCUUAAUUGGAAGACUCAAAGACCUGCCUGCCAAUGUUCAGAGUGCCUUUACUAUUUCUAACCAGGGAAAGAUUUUUCCUCCCUCUUGGCAUUUGUUACAUCUUCAUCUUGAUGUCCACUGGAUGGUCUUGGAAAUCCUUCAUCUACUUGGUCACAAGAUGCAAGGCCAGGUGGUGUAUGCCCACCAGUUUGUGAACCUGACGGGAGAGAACCUGACUGAUACCAGCCUGUUUGAAGAGCACCUGUGCAGUCUGCUGUGUGACCUAACUGGUCUGGCCAUAGGCAAAUACAGCAAGGUGAGGCCCACAGAGGCACUGAGCAGCCAUCACUACCUUUGCUCCUGCACCAAAGAGCUGUGGGUUCAGCUCAUGCACCUUCUGGAACACAGGAAUAAAGUGUUGCACACUCAGUCUUUCUGGUGCUACAUGAACUCACUGUUAAAGCCCCUGGUUUCCGGGAAGCCAUCAGCAGAGCAGUUCAGUGGCCUCCCUACACACUGUAAGGACCCCCAUGGAUUCACAUGGUGGCUGGUCACUCAUUUAGCAAUCUUAGGCCAGUACAGUCGUAAUGGCACACUCCAGAGCGAGAAACAUCUGGGGGAUAAUUGGACUUUUGUGCAAGAACUGCUCAAGUUAACUUGCAAGGGAGGUGUAGCAGAGGAACAGGUCAGGAUGCAUGUCCACUGCUGUCUCACUCUCUGCUUGCUGUGGGAACCGAGCACCAGUGCUGUCUCCACCCUGUGGGACCACUACAGCAAGAAUUUGAGUGCUUCAUUCACAGUGCCCUGGCUUGGGAUGUCUGGCAUGGGCACAUUGUACAAGACACCCCUGGCUUUGUUGGAACAAGCCCGCAGCUGCUGCUCCCCCUCUCAGCUCCACUCUCCAGGACACACCCAGCUGUACCGUUCAGCCAACUCCUUCCACAUCUUCCUUCGAGUGCUGGCCCUGUGCCUCGCCCAGGACAGGGCUGGUGGAGUCCCACAGAGACAGAUCAAAGGAAGGAUUUAUUCCAAGUUCUCCUCAAAGAAGAUGCAGGAACUGUCAGAGACGGGUCUCAUGAACUUCCUGCUGUUGUUCCUGGUGGUGGCCAGGCAGGUAGACUUGGAGGAUGUGGCCAGCAGAGCCUGUGAGCUGCUGGGAUUGCUUCCUUCAAACUGCCCCACUGGGCACCGCACCUUGGUCUGGAGGGGACAGCUUUCACUCCUGUUGUUGUUCCAGGAGAGGGGUCUGGAUGUUGGCGCACAGGCUAGAUGGCUGGCCUCUUCCUUUACUGAGAUGGCCAAAGAGUUUUACAGUAAGACCACAGAGGUCUCCCGCAAGCUUGCCCUCUGGGGACCCCUUGGCUCAUACCUGGAUGGUGUGGCUGAGGUGUUCGAAAUGAGCACCAGUCUCAGCCAAUCGGAGGAAAAGCUGCUCAAUGAAGGGUUUGAUUGGUUGUUGCCCGCUUGCCGUCUUUCAGAACUGAAUUCUGCCUUGGGAUUUCUGCAGAUCAUCCUUGCCCAGCUCAGACGGGUCCAUCAGCACAGUGUCCAGUCAGCACCUGCCUUGGCAUGGGCUCCUGCUUCCACCAGUGUGGUAAAAGAGCGCCACCUAGCGGUAGCAGCGGCACUCUGGGCGCAAUUCUUUCCCUUCCUGCGCAGUCUACGCCUCUCUCAGACCCCUCCAGCACAGCUGGCAGAUGCUGCUGCAGGCUUCACCCUGUUGGCCUUUGAUCUGCCCAGCUCUGCCCCCCAGGACCUUCAGCCCAACCCAGUCCAGUCCGUCAUGCAGUGCUUCGGCUGGGACGACAUGGUCCACCCACUUCUGGUUACUCGCUACCUUCCCCAUCUGCUCCAAAACAGUGAAGUGGUGUCUAAGCUAAGUGGUGCUUCUUCCACUGUUGUGUCUGGUUCGGCACAAAGCCUGUCGGUGCGAGCUUGGUUCCGCUGUGUUCUACAGCAGCACCAUCAAAAGAAUCCAGAUGGAUCUGACAGCAGGACAGGCCGGGCCAUGGAAGAACAGCUGAGUGAACUGACCCGGCUUGUGCUGAGGCUUCCUGAGGUGGACAGUCUUUUGCAAAGAGCGGGCCUCCAGCCCACAGCCACCAGGCCAGAGGCCACUUCAGUCCUGGAAAUGUUUGUUAAGGCUGUGGGCAGCGUAUACAGUGGACUGCAGGCUUUGUCUGAGCGUUCAGCCAUGGUGACCAGAGCCCUGGAUUACAUUGGGGACAUCAUGAAACACAUUAAACCAUCCCUAGUCAGCAAGAACCAAGAGGGACUGCAGCUGGCCUACUGGGCUGUUGGUUGCAUAGUGAAACACUGGAGCCCCCUGCUGGCUACUACUAAAGCCCAGCAGUUGCUGUUUCGCAUUGUGGACGGACUGCUGCUUCCCCACAACCUCACACAACAGGACAAAGCACUCAGGGCCAGUCUGCCUCUGUAUCUACAGGGUCUGUCUGUGGCUUCCAGUGUGGCUCAGUCUCAGGGUGUCUAUCUGAAGCAGCAGCUCCGCUCUGUUACUCGCAGAUAUCUGGAUCAUUUCCUUCCCGCCUCACCUUCCAUGGGCAUCGUUGCCAAUCACCCAGUGCUUCUUAGUGCCUGUGAGGCCAGCCCAACCACGCGACAAACAGUGCUAAGAAAGACCAUCCUGGAGGUGCUCUGCGAGAGCUUCCUGCAGUUUAAAGGUCAUGCCCCUCCGCCUCGACUAGCAUCAGUCCUGAUGUUUCUUUUGGAGCUUCUGAGACGAAACGGCGACUCAGAGCCUACCUUUCUUACUUUGCCCCUCCCCUCUCUGCUGCGCUGCGUGAUGCUGGUCAACGAACCGCAGGUGAGGAAGAUGAGCACAGAUGCCUUACAGCUUGUGGUGGAACGAUGUGCUGCUGCAUCUACAGAGGGGCCGUGUGACCAGAUGAUCACUGUCUUAAGGUCGUUUGUGGAGGAGAAUGAGGGAGUCUACGACAGGCAGGUGUACGCUGUCCUGGAGACGGUGGCUGUGUUAGAUCCCUCUGUGGUUCGAGCACUCAUUCCCAACCUGUCUCUCAGUCUGAGAAACACUGAACACAAGAGAGGACUGGGAAAGAACAUUGCCUUGAGGAGUGCAUAUAAGAAGUUGCUGUGCCUCCUUGGGGAGAGUGGACAGGCAGAAAUAACCAGUCUGGAGGCCGACUGAAAGCGCUUGUUACUCAUACCAACCUUCUUUUUAACAUGGUGCAACAGGCUGGAAAAACACUGUAUUGAUGCAUGGAACUGUGAUCCAAAACACCUUAUCAGCUGUACUUAAACUUACAAUGUCAUAUGAAGUAUGCUCCAAUCAUGGACUGUGUGUCUAAUAUCACCAAGUUGUACAUAAUGUAGAUAAUGUAAAGAGAAUGCAGCUUUUCAUCUUGGCAGAUGCAAAAGAAAACGUGACAAUAAAUAUGAAUGGGUUUAU